GCAUGCGCAGUGCACUUUCCAGAAGUUCCGACUCCGGGACAAGUUUUGCGGUUCAUUGAUGGUUUCGGUCCAGGAGGAGGACAGUUCGUGUCCACAGUGACAGGUCCCCGGAUCAGCUACUGUGUGCGGCAGAGCAGUGAUGUGGAAUGGAUACCACGAAAAAGCCCACAAAUGACGACCUCAGCAUAAUAAAGGUGAAAGCAGAAACAAAGUGUGUCUUGGAAGCCUUUUUAAAAAGAUCCUUGAAUCAGGAGGAGGGAAGACAUCUAGGACAUGUGGGGCGCACAUACCAUGACCCUAAGAAGUAUUCUCACAGGGUGAGCCAUGAUGAAAGUAAAGAAUUGUUUCCAAAGAAAACUAAAAAGUCAGAUCGAAAAAGAAGCAAGGAGCCUCAAAAGGAUGAAAGAAGCAGGAGCCCAACAUUUGGUGAGCAGUCAACUUGGGGGAAUCAUGGUACCUGGAAUUCCAUACACGAAGAGAUCAAUCGGGUAGAGGAGACAAAGCAUGGUUUCAAAACUAACAUUAAGAAGCUGCUGAAGAAAAAUAGCCAAACCAAGGAGAAGGCUGGAACACCAAAAGAAAGGAAUGGAAGUAUUCACAGUAAAUCCAGAGACUCUAUUGAUUCCAUACUCGAACACCAUGGGAAAGUUGCGGCCAAAGGGGAUUCCUGGAAACGUCCCAAGUCACCUAACCCCUUACUUGCCUGUACUGUGGGGUCCUCUACAGUUUCUUUGCCAAAAGAAGAGCAGUAUGAAACGGACUCUCAUGAGAAGCACUUGCCAAAUGGAACAUCAAAAAAGCUAAGUCGUUCCUUCUCCAUGAAAAGACUGUUUAAGAAGAAAACGCACAAAGAGGCUACUGUGGCUACAGACUCCAAGCCUACCAGGCCUGACUUUCUACCUGUGAAAUCCUGUUAUGAGGAACAUCCUGCUCAGGAAACUGGGAGACUUGAAGACUCUGAGAUUUUCUCCUUGGCUGCAAAGAAGCUGGAGACCUUGCUCAAACACAAAAAGCUGAAGAGUCCCCUGGAGCCCCCGAAGAUUAGUGUUGCUUCUCCAGUAUUCAAUGUAGAAGUGACAGACAACAAUAAUGUGACAGUUUGCGAUGUGCCAGACGUCGAGGACAAGGACGAGGUGAUACGGAAGAUAGUGGCCCUUCUGCAGGAACAGGCUGUGGUUAUCAAUGAAAAGAUCAAUAAGGAUCCCUUCCUCAGGAAUACCCUCAGCAGGCUGUCCUAUGGGAGCUUCUUCCGUCUUGCAGAAGUUUUCACAAGUGAGGCCGAGGUCGAAAAGGAUGAAGCCGGUUCAAAUGUGAGCCCAGAACUGACAAAGAUUGCCCUGACGAUGGAGCUGACCAGGAAGGUGGCCGGGAUCAAUAGCCAUGCCGUCCACACACUAAUGGGCUACAGCCUUCAAUACAUGGACAUGUUUGUUCCCUGGCUGCAGGAGCAAGGAGGCUGGGAAAAAAUAGUGUCCCACGGAGAUAUCGACUAAUGUGACCAAAUCCCUGAACUACCUCACAUGACCUGUUAUCCCAGCCUGGGCAGACCCGAAACCUCACGAAGGACACGAAGCAAAGACCCUGUCAACAUGGCUGAUCUCCCCCUCGCCUUCUGUGGCAUGAUGAGACCUCUUACAAUACCUCAGGGAGCCAAAUCCUCCAAACGCCGCCUUGUGACUAUUUAUUAAUUAUUGUUUACUUUUUAAAAUCGAGACUUUUUUUUUAUAUCAUUGGCAUCUGCAGGCAUGUGCCAUUGCCUUAUUUUAUCCUCUGCCCACCUACACUCUCGGGGGGGACUUUUAUUGACUCAUGGAUGACUUCAUGAGGGGUGAAUUUUUCCACUAAGUGUAAGACUUGAAUGGUUAUAUAUACUGACCAGUCCUGCGGCCUCAGGGCAGCCAUAAUGGACAGUGAUCCUGUCGGCUGGCACACAUGGGGCAGUAUUUUACCACAUGACUGGCAGGGCUGAAGACAUACACUGUACAGAUACUGUAUUGCACUAUUUAAUUGUUUACUGAACAUUUGAAUGGAAAGAUAGAUAAAAAAAAAAUUAUACUUUUAUAAUUGAGAAAUUGUUUUUUUCGGCAAAUGUUAAUUUAAAGGCGUUAUCCAUAAUGCCUCCCCAAAUGCCCGGGCCCCUCUCACAGAUUGUACUUACCUCGUUCCCCGGAACCUGCGUCACUCCUGAUGCCCGCCACUGCAUCUUCCUGUCACGUGGAUGAAAUUAUACAUGUGAGGGGUGGUGGCAAGGGCAGCCAAUAGCAGGCCACGAUGGAAACGAUCCUCCCUACCAUCGCGGGUGACACUAAUGGAGGCUUGUUCCCGUUGCGGCCUGCUAUUGGCUGCCCCAGCCCAACCCCCCCGCCCCUCCGUCACCGGAUGUUUUGAUCCGCACGGCAGGGAGAUGCAACAGCAGCCGUGCGGGCAUCAGGAGCAAUGCGGGUGCAGGGGAGCAAGGGAAAUGCAAUCUGUCUAAGGGGCCUGGGCAUUUGGGGAGGCAUAAUAGGGGUUAGAUAGCCGCUUUAACUGUAGGAGGUGCUAUCCACCAUAUUGGUUCUAUUUGCAUGGCAAUAAAGUGAACGUUAAG